GGAGGGAAUCUAAAAGAGCAACACGCACAAAAAGGAGGGAUUACUCAGUCCCUCUCCUGUUAUAACUUCAAAAUGGAUGCCCACGGCAGGCUUUGGGGACGCCACUGGAUAAGCCGCUGAGCUGUUUGACAUCUGAGCGUUUAAAGUUUGGAUAAUCUGAACGGCUUAAGGUGGAGGAUGCAGACUGGAGGCAAGACGCUGUCGGCAGGUGGAGGUGCGUCACUCUGCUGCCUACUUCUCCUCUGGCUCAUCUACUCACAUCUGCUCAGAGAGGGCCAGUUGGCGGUGGGAACCUGUGAGAUAGUGAUGCUCAAUAGAGACAGUAGUGUUCCCAGACGGACAAUCGCCAGGCAGACUGCCCGCUGCGCUUGCCGGAGAGGCCAGAUCGCCGGCACCACCAGGGCGAGACCAGCCUGUGUAGAUGCACGAAUUGUGCGGAGCCGUCAGUGGUGUGAGAUGGCUCCCUGCCUGGAGGGGGAGGUCUGCAGCCUCCUGUUCAACAGAUCCGGCUGGACCUGCACCAGGGGCAGCGGUCGCAUCAAGACCGUCACGCCUUUGCCCAAGGAGCCAUCGUAGGAUGCAGGAGAAAACAGCAAGUUUAUUGACGUCCCUUUUUAGAAGAAAGCUAAGGCCAGUCACCAUGCCUGAACAUCGUGUCCAUUCACUUAUGAGCCUCUCAAACUUUAAACAAGGCCUGACUCAAUAAAGAAAAAAAAUAUCGCCUAGACAUCCGCCAGUCAUCCCAGCAAGAAAUCAUCUGGCCAACACUUCGGGGAACUCUGAGCAGCAUAGAAAAAGUGAAACCUUUCAGCGUCAGCAUUGAACUUUCACUGCAAAUUCAUGGAUUCAUUGUUGAACAAAAUCCCUGUGAAGAGCAGUUAUCAGAGGAAAG